GUGGUGGUGGUGGUAUUAACUGGCUCUGCAUCACUCAGUUUCUCCCUCACUUUACAGGGUGAGCUGGAACGGCAGCUUCUGCAAGCCAACCCCAUCCUGGAAUCCUUCGGCAAUGCCAAGACGGUGAAAAACGACAACUCGUCACGUUUCGUACGUUUAAACAGCUAGGAUUAAAAUAGUAUUGAAUGUGAUAACUAUACUGUAUGUUUUAUGUACACAUUUGUAAACUGUCUAUACACAGACCAUCUGUGUAAAUAGGCAUUGUAGGACCUCCCUCUCCAGAAUACAGUGAUAUGGUGUGUGAAGGAGAACACUAUAUCUGCUAAAGAGCACGACAUGGCUUGAAUAGAAAUGGGCCAUGUGCUUUCCAUCUUCCAUAAUCCUGGCAGGCACACACACACACACCAAGUCUCACCCCAACUUCUGACCAGACCUGACAUUAUACCUCACUGAUGUCUGCAGAAGUGAUACUGUUGACUCAGUGGGGACUGUGUUUUGGGCUCACAGAGGCCUACAGUAUCACACAAUGUUUAUAACUGCUACCUUACACAUGUUGUAUCCCUCCCUACAGGGCAAGUUCAUCAGAGUCAACUUUGACGUGACUGGAUACAUCGUUGGGGCCAACAUCGAGACCUGUAUCCUCAGAGAUGGGAGACUGGGAAGUGAAGGGGGAGGGGAUGCAGGAGUCUGCAGAUGUACAUACAUAGUCGUGGUUUGGCUCAAGGGGCUCCGGGAUUUGUGCCGCACUGCGAGAUUGCACUUCAAUGCUCACCAGAUAGUGGAUAGACUUAGGUUCUUAGAGUUAGAUAUAUUCAUACUCAGCCUUUGUUUAUUCAUGUUUAGGUUGACUUUGGAGAAUACUGGCUUUCAUUUUCUAAGAUAGAAUUAUAUCUGGUUGUUAUGCAUGUGAGAAAAGUUAAAUUUGUGUCCCUCAAGAAUAGCGUAUUGUGCAAGAUUUGGCGUUGCAGCAAGUAUGAUUUAUAAAGCAGUGUAAUGUGUACUUUACAGGCAUUCCUCUUCCCGAGAUGGUGGUAGUCAAGGUUUCUGUUAACACUGACUAAACAGCAACCCACUCAGUGGGCAUUUCACUCUCCUGUAAAACUAAGGUCCAGUGACGUGCACAGUUGAGCUCUUGUCUGAAGCCCAAAAUGGUCACUCUUUAGACAAAACACCCUGUACUCAGACACAAGGGAUCAGAAACACAUGACUUUACCAUUUUAGGGCCAGCGAAUUAUGCCCAGUAUAUCUAGAUUGGGACCAUAUUUAACAUAUUAAAGUCUAUUGAGAUUGGCAUUAACAGAAAUAAAUACUUAUUAUUUUACAGUAGAUCAUACAAGUAUAGCACGAAGCAGCAAUUCAUACCAAUCCGUUGUUUGUUUGAGAAGAUUCUGCUAGGCAUGGCACAAUAACCAGUAAGCCAUUUACUAGCACAGGAAUGAUGGCAUUGCUCCAUUGGCCCUUGACUCCCUGACUACCAGACCUGCUGGAGAAGUCCAGGGCCGUUCGCCAGGCCAAAGACGAGAGGACCUUCCAUGUCUUCUACCAGCUGCUGGCAGGAGCCGGGGAGCACCUCAAAAGUCACUAUCUUAUAAACCAUUCCAAUUAUAAUGAUUGUCAGUAGUGUCUUCUGCAAGAAGAAUCAAAACUAUGUCUAUUAUUUUACGUUUUUCCGUUUUUUCUGUGCCAGAAAUGGCUCGUUCAAUAUUUUAUAUACCAUUCCAUAUUGAUUGUUUUUCAUUAUUUCUCCUCAUGUUAUAAACCUUGGCUGUUCUGUUAUAGUACUGGUUUAUUGAUGAGUCUCCCCGUACCCCUCUCCUCUCAGCUGACCUGCUCCUGGAGGGCUUCAACAACUACCGCUUCCUGUCCAACGGCAACAUUACCAUCCCUGGCCAGCAGGACAAGGACAACUUCCAGGAGACCAUGGAGGCCAUGCACAUCAUGAGCUUCUCCCAUGAGGAGAUCGUAUGUGAGUACAUACACGCUAGGCCAUACAUGUAGUAUCAAUGUCUUUCCUUGCCUCUUGUCUGAUUCACUCUCCCUUGUGGCUGCAGGCAUGCUGAAGGUGGUGUCUGCAGUACUACAGUUUGGUAACGUUGUCUUCAAGAAGGAGAGGAACACAGACCAGGCCUCCAUGCCUGAGAACACAGGUAAUCAUAUACCCUCAGAGGCCAUACACAAUCCAACCAACACUCCAACACUUUGAAAUCAGACAGCCUAAGUUUGACAAUUUCUCACCACACAGCUAAAAAGACAUUGUCCCAGUUUACAUUUGUACAUUUUUAGUCAUUUAGCAGACGCUCUUAUCCAGAGUGCAUACAUUUUUUUUGGUUUGUUUACAGUGAGCUUACUCUCUGGGUUGCAAGUCUUCAACAUUGAUCAUCCUCCCACAAUAUGCUGCUAAGCCUCAAAAACAGUCCACUCACUUGGUCCACAUAACUUACUGCAGAGCUUCACAGAAAUUCUGCUGAAAUCAGUAUUGGGCCUUAGUGUGAGUCAGCUGGAAUCACAACACUAGCAGAGUAGAGUCAUCCUUCACCGUUGUGGCUGAGACAAGGAUAGCAAAGUGUCAGCAGCUCCAGAUGUCUGUCCUUAGUACAGUAUGAAGUCUGGCAGCUCAGAGACACUUCACUGAACAGAGGUCAGAUUCUUCAGAACUCCUGCAGUGACAGUGUAUGGGCUGGAGCUCUUUGUCCUGUUUAUGUUAAUAUAAAGACAUGCAGGCACACUGUAGAGGUCCAUAUCAGGUAUGUUAUACCCUGGGGCUCAUGCUGCCUGUCUGUAUUUUACUUCCAUAUGUGCACACAUAUACCUCCGAGAUUACAGGGCUAGCAGAAGUUGAUGGCUAGUAGGAAUAAAUGUGUAGUUUAUCAUUUCUUUCUGGCACGUUGCUCUGCAUUAAUGGUCAGUCUAUAAUGGUAAGCCAUGCAGUUUGGUUGUCAUUAGGAAAAUGGAUGUGUCUCUGCUUUAAUAGAGAUUUACAUCAGACUGUGGCCAUAUCCUUGGGUAGCUGGGGUGAAAUGAAGCGCUAGUGCUUUACUCAGGUCUUUCAUUACAUAUUCCUCUGACAUUUGCCCAACUGUUUUAAAUUGAGACUGAAGGCUCUGAUUGUGCCCAUCUCCAGGUCGCAACACUAACAGGUCACUAGUAACCCGAUGUCCUGUCUCUCCUCCCAGCGGCUCAGAAGCUGUGCCACCUGCUGGGGCUGAAUGUGAUGGAGUUUACCAGGGCCAUUCUGUCCCCCCGCAUCAAAGUGGGCCGAGACUACGUCCAGAAGGCCCAGACCAAAGAACAGGUAGAAGCUGCUCUCCAGUUCUCAUCAGUUGUACACUCCUAACUGUUUCUGCAUUCACUAACACCAAUCUAUGCAGGUCCAUGAAGUUGGCCUAAGCAGAAACAGACUGGCACCCAGCCUGACUGUCUAUCUCUCUCGGGUUCUCUCCUCAGGCUGACUUUGCAGUGGAAGCCCUGGCCAAGGCCACAUAUGAACGUCUGUUCCGCUGGCUCGUCCACCGCAUCAACAAGUCCCUGGACAGGACCAAGAGACAGGGAGCCUCCUUCAUCGGCAUCCUGGACAUCGCUGGCUUUGAGAUCUUUGAGGUAAACUUUUUUUCAAGAUCCUUAAUCUCUUGUUGCAGACAUAUAAUCAUGUCCAAGAGGGACUGUCUUAUCUUAUUGCUCUGUAAUACUCAUCUCUCACAUCUCUUUCUCUCCCCAUAUCCCCCCUCUAGCUGAACUCGUUUGAGCAGAUGUGUAUCAACUACACCAACGAGAAACUGCAGCAGCUGUUCAACCACACCAUGUUCGUCCUCGAGCAAGAGGAGUACCAGAGGGAGGGCAUCGAGUGGAGCUUCAUCGACUUUGGCCUGGACCUGCAGCCCUGCAUCGACCUCAUUGAGAGACCGGUCAGUUUUUCAUCUUAACACAUAUAGGUGUAUUUUGCUCAAGAUGAUGUCUGAGGAACUUCAUCAAAUUCUUCUUCUUUCUCUCUUUUCUGUCUGCAGACCAACCCUCCAGGAGUUCUGGCCCUGUUGGAUGAGGAGUGCUGGUUCCCCAAGGCCACUGAUAAGACAUUUGUAGACAAGGUGCUCCAGGAGCAGGGCACCCACCCCAAGUUCCAGAAGCCCCGGCAGCUGAAGGACAAAGCCGAUUUCUGCAUCAUUCACUACGCUGGCAGGGUACGUACACACAGAGCCUGGGUCUCAAUACACUGAAAUGACUUCCUCUCCUCAGGUCGUCCUCUCAUAUAGAAUCAUUGAUUGGUGAAAACAAGGUAGUUCCGCCAUAUGAGCUCCCUGUUUCUGGUGAGGGCCUCAUUUAUUCGAAGAAACUGAUUUGCCUUUGACCUUUCGGUUGCUUUGCCUGGUUAGGGGUUGGAGUGUUGGAAAGAUGAAGCAGUGUUUUUGAAAUGAGAAUUAUUGUUCAGCUCCAUAAUGUCUUGAGGAACAUGUUUUCCACGUUUUCUUUCUGAACGACGCUGUAACCAGUCAGUGUUUAAGUUCUGCCUUUGAGGCAGCAGACAUGCCUCUGCUAAAGCUCUAGUUAACAGGUAAUUGCACAAAAGCCCAGUUGAGCUCCCAAUCUCCACAUCUGGUUCACAUUGGUGUGAGACCGAUUUUACACCGUUACGUAAUCAAGGAUUUUUAAACUUUCACCUCAGUGUGGUCUCCCAUCUGGAGAGGGCCUGUGUACAUUCCAGGCCAGACUCUCCACAUGAAAUAAAGUUGAUAUCAUCUGCAUCCAUUUUCUUAUUAGAUUUGCCUCACAAAGUUCAGAUUUACAUUUUGUUCUGGUCUCAGCACCAGUAGUCCUCACACAUAUUAAGAAUUAAUAAAUAGGUUUUGUUUACAGCUCAUAACCUCAUUUUCUCUUGACCAGGUAGCUAUUUAAUUUGAUCAGACAUGAAAGUCAGUGAGACAAGAUAAAAGGAAGCUAUUUAACACUAUGUACCGGUACAUAUAGCCUGUUUAGCUUAAGUCUUUCUGUCUCUCCUCAGGUGGACUACAAGGCUGACGAGUGGCUGAUGAAGAACAUGGAUCCUCUGAACGACAACGUGGCCACACUGCUCAACCAGUCCACUGACAAGUUUGUGGCUGAGCUCUGGAAGGACGGUGAGUCCCCCAUACUCUCUUCCCGUUUGGACCAUGUAGUAGUCACUUUGUUUGAGUUUUGGUUGUUCAGUGACAGUAUUGAAGAAUCCUCUUAAAACCUGGAACUGAGGACAGUGGCUAUGGUGGGAGUAUUUGUAUGUGCUCUCAUCCAUUAGACUUCUUGUCUGGUUCAUAUUCAACUGCUUGCUUCUCUGUGAUGACUAUCACCAGCCAAAACAUUGUGUGUUUGUGAGGUAACCUGAAAUAUCAGCUCGUAAAUCUCCCCCCUCCUUUAAUUUUCCCAUUUGGCUCAUCUACUUGUUUUAAAAAGGGAUUGAGUUUCAUUAUUUGACAUCUACAAUGUAUACAGACACAACUAAUGGAAAGGAAAUUACUGAAUUGCUUUGUUUAUGUGCAUGGCAUAUUCCACUACACCAGUAACAGCAAUAUGUCUCUGUCCUUUACAAUGUACACAACUAAUCAUUGUGAGUGUGUAUGUGGUAAUAUAAUAAUAUUUAUGUUUACGAAUGAAUCUGUCCCUGCAUGGAUGUUUAUGUGAGGCUGAGUUGUCCCUCACACCCUCCUCUCUCUCUGUUUCUGGGCUGUAGACAUUCAGACCUUUCAGAGAGCCUCUUUCUAUGACAAAGCCUCUGGUCUCCUUGAGCCUCCAGGUGAAUGCACACGUUGAUGCUGCUGCACUGUAGGGUUCUUCCUGCUCGCUCACGGCUGCACUCUGCACCCUUAGAUGCACCCACCGCCUCUAAGCUUUGCAUGAAGCGUAAUGCACUGUUGCUAACCAAGAUAGUACCUUUCGGCGAUGUUGGUUUGUCUGGUGCCAUUCUGUCUCAGUCAAAUCUCAGCUCAGAUUGUUUAUUUGAGAUACCUGAACAAGGAACCACCAUGAUUGUUAUAAUUUCAUUGGAAGAGCCACCGUAGGUAGGACCAUGCUUUAUCUAUGGAAGAAUACUAGCAUGGAGACAUCUGCGGCCAAGCCGGUGUGAAGUAAAUGUAUGAGAAAAAGCCUGGACAUUGUUAGGGCCAUGGCUGUUUAAUGACUUCAACACUCACCUGUAGUCCCCUGUAGCUCAGUUGGUAGAGCAUGGCGCUUGCAACGCCAGGGUUGUGGGUUCGUUUCCCACGGGGGGGCAGUAUGAAAAUGUAUGCACUCACUAACUGUAAGUCGCUCUGGAUAAGAGCGUCUGCUAAAUGACUAAAAUGUAAAAAAAAUGUAAAGUGACGUUAGUAUGGCAUGGAGCUGACAGGAGAGUGAUAGAUAGAGACUGACUUCCUCCACCACCUCUUUCUCAGGAUAUUUUAGCUACAGAUCACACUGACUUUGCUGGAAUUCAUAAUCCCUUUGGCAUGGGCUAAGCCUGCUUUUUGAGGGUAAAUUUUCUAGCAACCUGCAUGCCAGAUCACUGAUCUGAUUUCCAUAAUCUUAUUUUAUUUAAAAAGAUAGAUAAACAAACGUGAAAUGAAGCUUCGCUAAAACAUCACCCUGUAGAUAUCGGAGAAGUUGAUGUGGAAUCACAAUGAUUGAAGGAGAAAAUAUUAAUUAGUCAGCUUCACUUAACCUUCGCCCACACUCCUUAAACUUCUGUCACCUUUGGUUAUUGAAGUAAAUCAGAGCAGUCACUAAGAGAGUUAAGGGGAGAAUAUGAUUCAAAGAGUAGUAAUGAUUCAGCACUGUUCCAAUCAGUUGUCAGUCUUGACCAUUAACCUAUGGUUAGAAGCCUGGUUCUGGUUCUCCAAACUGAUCAUGGCCCUUUUCAUCCGAUGACUUUACCCUUCGCACCAUCUAUGAAGAAUGUGUAUGCCUAUGUCCAGAUCCUUUUAUAUUAAGGCUAAUGAAGCUUACCAUGCCAAUGAAGCUUACCAUGCCAAUGAAGCUUACCAUGCCAAUGAAGCUUACCAUGCCACAUUUAAGGACAGCUGACUGCACUGUCAAACCAUGGUUUCCUAAUAAGCCUCUAAAAUCACAUCACAGAGGCAUGAUGUGUCCCUGCCAAGGGAAAUACUGACUAACCCCAACAGAGGAUUUCUGAAAGAUAUUUCAGUACAGUAGAUAGAUGCAGUACUAUAGCUCUGAUUUAUAGUCCAAUGAAGCACUGUCUGUAUGUGUUCACCCUCGUUCACCAAACAGGUCCAUUUCAGCUCAGCUGUGCACCUCAUGGCAGGAGAGAUGGCAAUUACAUGUGUUCAUAAUUGAAAUAAUUAGAAUUGGUUGAUGAAAGAGAUCACUUUUGGGUUUUGUUGUGCUCUUUGUGACAUAUCCUUCUCUCUGAAUACGGAAAGUCAUUUAUCCCCCAAUGUGUUUGCUCUAGAGUAUGAUAAUUCACCCUGAUCCUUUGGUAGCAGUAUUUCUCCUUUUAUGUUCUUGUUAAAUCAAAUGUUUUAGAUUGUGUCAUUUAAGAAUAUUGAGACACCCAGUUGGUGUUCCAUUUCCAUCUAGUUCUUGUUUAGAAAAUGAUAUUGCUUCUUAACUAUAUUAGGAACACUCUGAGGAAUGCCUUUUUAGCCUGGAGGUUGUUUUGUCUGUCCUAAAUGGAGACAGCCAACUGGUUUCUAAAGGAAGGUGAGUUGCCACACACCACAUUGAAUAGUAACGUCUCUUCCCUUCAGUUCCCCUUGAUCUCUGCAAAGAAAAUUGACUCGGAUAUUGAUGCUAUCUGAAUAUGCAAAGAUGAUGGUGUUGUUGAUCUUUUUUCUCUGUAUUCCUUGGCAAGAACAACCACUGAAUGGAGAAAGUUUUAGCUAGUCUAAUUGCGUUAAGUUAAAACCAAUUGACUGCAGUUUAUGUAACGCUGGUGUUGGAAAGGUCAAAUAAAAUGGCUGUGCUGUUCUUGGAAAAACAGCAGAAUGAUGAACAUGUUUCGAGUUAAGUUGGAUUAGGUUUUGCAAUAGCUUGGUUCAGUCUGGUUUCCUUUCUCUGCUUUUAAUGAACAUGUAGUGAUGCUAGGGCCAACCGCCCAUCCCACCCACUCUGGCUGUCAGUCAUGUUGUUUACAUGUUGUUACGCUUAGAAGCCCUCAUCUGUCCUGGCCAUGCCUCUAGUCCUUUGCUGCUUGAUUAUACAGUAUAUAUGUUUAGUUCACGCACCAGUCACCCCUCUACCAGCAUCUACCCAUCUAACCCUGCCCUUCUCUCCUCUCCCUCUUUCUUCUGUCAGUGGACCGUAUCGUGGGUCUGGACCAGGUAGCAGGGAUGAACGAGACGGCCUUCGGUGCAGCCUAUAAGACCAAGAAGGGCAUGUUCCGUACGGUGGGCCAGCUCUACAAGGAGUCUCUCACCAAGCUCAUGGCCACGCUGAGGAACACCAACCCCAACUUUGUCCGCUGCAUCAUCCCCAACCACGAGAAGAGGGUGAGCACUGAGCAGCACACUAUCUUCCCCCUUUCACUGACCACCAGUCCUUCCCCCCUCUGCCCACUGUAGCCCAGACUACAGCCCCCACACCACCCACCAGAACCACUGCCUACAGCCCCCACACCACCCACCAGAACCACUAUAGCCCAGACUACAGCCCCCACACCACCCACCAGAACCACUGUAGCCCAGACUACAGCCCCCACACCACCCACCAGAACCACUAUAGCCCAGACUACAGCCCCCACACCACCCACCAGAACCACUGUAGCCCAGAUUACAGCCCCCACACCACACACCAGAACCACUAUAGCCCAGACUACAGCCCCCACACCACCCACCAGAACCACUAUAGCCCAGACUACAGCCCCCACACCACCCACCAGAACCACUGUAGCCCAGAUUACAGCCCCCACACCACCCACCAGAACCACUAUAGCCCAGACUACAGCCCCCACACCACCCACCAGAACCACUAUAGCCCAGACUACAGGCCCCACACCACCCACCAGAACCACUAUAGCCCAGACUACAGCCCCCACACCACCCACCAGAACCACUAUAGCCCAGACUACAGCCCCCCACCACCCACCCACCCAGAAACCCCCCAACUAUAGCCCAGACUACAGCCCCCACACCACCCACCAGAACCACUAUAGCCCAGACUACAGCCCCCCACACCACCACCAGAACCACUGUAGCCCAGACUACAGCCCCCACACCACCCACCAGAACCACUGUAGCCCAGACUACAGCCCCCACACCACCCACCAGAACCACUGUAGCCCAGACUACAGCCCCCACACCACCCACCAGAACCACUAUAGCCCAGACUACAGCCCCCACACCACCCACCAGAACCACUGUAGCCCAGACUACAGCCCCCACACCACCCACCAGAACCACUGUAGCCCAGACUACAGCCCCCACACCACCCACCAGAACCACUAUAGCCCAGACUACAGCCCCCACACCACCCACCAGAACCACUGUAGCCCAGACUACAGCCCCCACACCACCCACCAGAACCCCUGUAGACACACACUCCUACCAGGCCUCAGUGGGCCAUCUGCCUCCAUAAACAACAGCUCAGAUGGAAGGCUGGAAAUCAAACAAUAGCAGAGUGUAGAGUUAUGGGCUAUGUGGGCCUUUUAGUGAUGGCUAAUGUAUUCCAGGGGAUUUAGACUAGACAGGCUUGUUUCUGCAGCACAACCACAAAUGACUGUCAUAAAGGGAUGGAGAAGAGGAUAUAGACACUGGUUGUUUUGCCGUGAAUGUAUUCUAGUAGUUAGUCUAGUCCCUAUGCAAUCCCAAUUGUAGAAUGGCAUUUUGCAUAAUAUUACACAAAUAGAUUUGAAGUAACAUUGUUUCCCUAUAAAAACAUUUUCUGGAUGAAAUUCUCAAAGCUGAAUGAACAGUAACAGCAUUUAGUUGCUAUUAGUUCAGAAUAAUCUUCUUUGCAUGAAGAUUGGUACUGUACUGUACCUCUCCCUAACCUCUCACUUCAAUGCCCCUCCCUCCCUCCCUAUAGGCUGGUAAGCUAGACCCCCACCUGGUUCUGGACCAGCUGAGGUGUAAUGGUGUUCUGGAGGGGAUCCGUAUCUGCAGACAGGGCUUCCCCAACCGUAUCGUCUUCCAGGAGUUCAGACAGAGGUACCGUACUCACUGUACACACACCUCAUACAGACUAUUUAUGUAUUUCAACCCAAUUGUUAAGUUCCUAUAUUUACUUUUGAGAGAUAGAUUACAGAGGGCAAAGUGUCAUUGGUUUCCCAUUGCCCUGGGUGUUGUGUUUUGACUAUCUCAUGGAGCUCUUCUAUUUCUGAAGAGUGAGGCUUCUGCAAGAUCUGAGGCCUCUCACGUCUCCACUCUCCUCACACCCUGGUGCUAGUCAACAUGGAGGUGUGGUGUAAUGACCCAGUGCCUUUACACACUCCUGUCCGCUCUAUUGCCAGGUAUGAGAUCCUCACCCCCAACGCCAUCCCCAAGGGCUUCAUGGAUGGCAAGCAGGCCUGUGAGAGAAUGGUGAGGAUUUGUGUGUUCACUAUUUUACUGUGUUUACGCAUUGAAAACUCAGGAGAGGCUCUUAGUCCUUUUACAAGCUACAGUACAGUAAGAAUGUUACAUUUUAUUUCUACUUCAUAAACACCCAUGACAUGAUUCUUCCUUAGUAUUUAUACAGCAUCACUUAAAUUACACUGUUUAUUAUGAUUUGGCCUCCCUUCCCUGAAUUCAAAUGAAUGACCCAUUUUCACUCCAGAUCCGAGCCUUGGAGUUGGAUCCUAACCUGUUCAGGAUUGGUCAGAGUAAGAUCUUCUUCAGGGCUGGAGUCUUGGCCCACCUGGAGGAGGAGAGAGACCUGAAGAUCACUGACAUCAUCAUCUACUUCCAGUCUGUCUGCCGGGGAUACCUGGCCCGCAAGUGAGUUCUCUAGAUGCAAUGGCUUUACCUUUCCCAAUUUCCUUUCUUUCAUGACCACUACAACACUUCUUAGGACAGAAAGAUGCCACAGAUAUAUGUUGUCUUUGACCAUCUUGGUCAGUAUGUCUGACCAUGUGUCUCCCCUCUCUCUCCUGACAGGGCAUUUGCUAAGAAGCAGCAGCAACUGAAUUGUCUGAAGGUGCUUCAGAGGAACUGUUCUGCCUACCUGAAGCUGAAGCAUUGGCAGUGGUGGAGACUCUUUACUAAGGUAGGCAUGUCUCCAUUACAUUACACUAUAUCUACUGUAUAUGGCUAAUCAGUCUUUGUAACACCAGCAUUGCAUUGAUAAGGCUCCUGAUCAUCUGCUUUUGAACAUAACCACCUUUGUGAGUCUGCAGUGGCUGACCCCAGGUCUGUGUUCUGUCCUGCCCCCAGGUGAAGCCCCUGCUGCAGGUGACCAGGCAGGAGGAGGAGAUGCAGGCCAAGGACGAUGAGCUGGUCAAGGUGAAGGAGAAGCAGACCAAGGUGGAAGGAGAACUGGUGGAGAUGGAGAGAAAGCACUCACAGGUCAGUAUCCAGUCCACACCAACUACAGUAAGUACACUCUUAGAAAAAAGGUGCUAUCUAGAACCUAAAAGGGCUAUUCAUCUGUUCACAUAGGAUAACCCUUUGAAGAACCCUUUUUGGUUCCAGGUAGAACUCUUUUGAGUUUCAUGUAGAACCCUUUUCGCAGAAGGUUCUACCUGGAACCCAAAAGAGUUCUACCUGGAACCAAAAAGGGUUCUACCUGAAACUAAAAAUGGUUAUCCUAUGGGGACAGCCAAAGAGCCCAUUUGGAACAUGUUUUUGUAAGAGAGUAGACCCUAAGGAUCAUCCCUUUAUGAACUUCAAUUCUGCACUGUACCAUUCAUUCCAUUAUGCCCAUGUUUGCAUUGUGUAGCUGACUGAGGAGAAGAACAUCCUAGCGGAGCAGCUGCAGGCUGAGACAGAGCUGUUUGCAGAGGCUGAGGAGAUGAGAGCCCGUCUGGCCGCUAAGAAGCAGGAGCUGGAGGAGAUCCUUCAUGACCUGGAGGCCAGAGUGGAGGAGGAGGAGGAGAGGAACCAGGGACUGCAAAGCGAAAAGAAAAAGAUGCAGUCUCACAUCCAGGUACUGAUGAGACACGGAGACUGCAGAGUGGAAGCUUGAGAAGCUUGAACAUGGAAGUGGUUGCACGUGUUUUAUGACAGAAAAUAGAUUUUCAGUGGACCCAAAACAUUUCUACCAGUUACCUUCUUGAUAGAUGCUGUGAUUUUGUCUUCCAGGACCUGGAGGAGCAGUUGGAUGAGGAGGAGGCUGCCAGGCAGAAGCUGCAGCUGGAGAAGGUGACAGCCGAGGCCAAGAUGAAGAAGUUUGAGGAGGACAUCUUGCUCCUGGAGGACCAGAACUCCAAGUUCCUAAAGGUGGGUGGAGAUGAAAGGCAGUCCAGGGUUGAGCAAUAUUGGACCUUACUAACGUUAUGUUGCUGGACUUCACUAUUAUUAUAAAACAACCUGACUCCUCUUUCCCCCUUCAGGAGAAGAAGCUCCUGGAUGACCGUGUGAAUGAGAUGAUGUCCCAGCUGACUGAGGAGGAGGAGAAGGCCAAGAACCUGGGCAAGACAAAGAACAAGCAGGAGGUGAUGAUGGUGGACCUGGAAGGUAGGUGUCCUCUUACCUACAAGGUCUCACUAGUUAAAGGUAGUGAGUUCAGACACUUUAACUCCAUCCGUCUCCUUCCCUUCUCCCUUCAGGGCGUUUAAAGAAGGAGGAGAAGACUCGCCAGGAGCUGGAGAAGGCCAAGAGGAAGCUGGAUGGAGAGACCACAGACCUGCAGGACCAGAUAGCUGAGCUGCAGGCCCAGAUAGAGGAGCUCAAGGUGCAGCUGGCCAAGAAGGAGGAAGAGCUGCAGGCUAUACAGGCCAGGUGAGAGACAGACAGACAGACAGACAGGGCCCAAAGCUGGAUGGAAGCCACCUGGAGAUGUAGUUCAGCUGUCUUUUGCCAUUGGAAGGUGUUUGACUGAGAGGAAGUCUGAUUCUCUGACUGACUUAGACUGAGGUAAUUAUCACAUAGCUGUGUAGCGUUGUCAUCAAAUUCACUCCUAUUUUAAUUGUCUCAACACCUGUCUUUUAUAUACCAUAUUUAACAGUCUACUGUUGGCCAGACUUGCACCGGUAAUCUGGCUAUUAAAACCCUAUGAGCAUUUACCAUUUUUAUGGCCCUCUCGUCAUGAUAUGGUGCUGACCAGACCACCCAGCAGCUAUUUAUUCAGGAGAUCUCACUGGGAUGGAAUGUGUAAAUGGUGGCCCCACAUCUAGACUGCGUUGAUCACUGGCCAUUAAAAACACACAGCUCUAUCACGCCCAACUCACAUACUCAAUGGUAGUGACAGAAACCAGGUAUCUGUGUUUAUAUCAGGAUAUAUGCUCUUAUACUGCCACCCAGUGGAAAAGACAUGCAUAGCAACUUGGUUCAACUGUCCAUGGAUAGGUCUAUGACUAAUUGGGGUCCUUUGUACAGGUACAACAAUGUUUUAUUUUGCAUCCUAAUAAAGAAUUUAAAUGUGUGUGUGUGUGUGUGUGUCAGGGGAGACGAUGAGGGGACCCAGAAGAACAAUGCCCUGAAGCAGGUACGGGAACUACAGGCCCAGCUGGCAGAGCUGCAGGAGGACCUGGAAUCAGAAAAGGUCUCCAGGAACAAGGCUGAGAAACUCAAGAGAGACCUGAGUGAGGAGCUGGAGGCCUUAAAGACGGAGCUGGAGGACACCCUGGACACCACCGCAGCCCAGCAGGAGCUCCGGACCAAGCGUGAGCAGGAGGUGACGGAGCUGAAGAAGGCCAUCGACGAGGAGACCAAGAAUCACGAGGCCCAGAUCCAGGAGAUGAGACAGAGACACUCCACGGCCCUGGAGGAGCUAUCUGAGCAGCUGGAGCAGGCCAAGAGGGUGGGUGGCUUCACAACAACAGCAUGGUCAUGUUUAGUCGACAAACACGAGAAAAUGUUUCACGUGGAUGAGGUAGUUGAGGUAGUACUUCCUCUGUUUUAAAUGUUUUUCUCCUGUUUUGAGUCGUCUGAGCAUGAUUCCUAUUGUAAUAUCUCUUGGUCUGUGUCCAGUUCAAGGUCAACCUGGAGAAGAACAAGCAGAGCACAGAGAGUGCCAACAAGGAGCUGGUCAGUGAGGUAAAGGGGCUGCAGCAGGCCAAGACGGAGUCAGAACACAAGAGGAAGAAGCUGGAGGCCCAGCUCCAGGAGUUCAUGGCCCGGGUCACAGAGGGAGAGAAGAGCAAGGGAGAGCUGGCCGACCGCUCCCACAAACUACAGGUGACAGGGGGACAUUUGCAGCACACACACAAAUAUACACACACACACACACUUUAACCUCUGCUGGUGAUGGUCUCUCAACUGUGCUGUUUGCUGUGUGUGCAGACAGAGCUGGAUAGUGUGUCUGCUCUGCUGGAGGAUGCAGAGAGGAAGGGAAUCAAGCUGGUUAAAGACACCACUGUCCUGGAGAGCGCUUUGCAGGACACACAGGUGAGCUAGACUGGACAACCUCUCAUCGGAGAGGAACACAUCAUGUGGUCUCUUAAAGGCCCAUGGCAGUCAAAAUUCAGUUUUUCCUGUGUUUUAUAUCAUGUUGUACAACAGCUGAUGAAACUAACACUGAACAAAUUUGAUCAGUGUUAUUUCCUAGUUGCUGGUUGAAAAUACAAUCUAGGCAAGACCUUCUAAUCAGCAGGUUUGCAUGGGUGGGAGUUUCGGCUUUCCAUGGUGACAUCGCCAUGCGGUAAACUGGUUAAUAGACCAAUAACAAAGUUACCAAACCUCUCUGCCAAUAACAGCUAGUUUUUAAGUUUUCCCCUCCCCUCAAACCACUCCCAGACAGUCCUAGCAAAAUUGUUGCUUGAGAAAAAGAUCUUUUGCUAAAAAGCAAUUUUUGCCCAUUUUAAUGGAAAUCUAUUACAAUAAAGUAUUUAAUUGUUACCAAGAAAUUAUUUGAUGUUGAUAUAAAAAUGGCUGCAUUAGGCCUUUAAGUUAAGAGGAGGUGGCAUUCUGUUUCCAUGUCCAUGUCUCACCUUUGUGAUAUGGUGUGUGUGUGUGUGUGUGUGUGUGUGUGUGUGUGUGUGUGUGUGUAGGAGCUUCUCCAGGAAGAGACGCGUCAGAAGCUGAACAUGAGCAGUCGUAUCCGCCAGCUGGAGGAGGAGAAGAGCACCCUGCAGGAGCAGCAGGAGGAGGAUGAGGAGGCGCGCAGGAACCUGGAGAAACAGCUGUGCACACUGCAGGCCCAGGUCAGCACCUUACAGCUUAACUGUACCUAUUCAAAUAAUAUUACACAUUAACUGCAACACAGAGGAUAUCACCAUAACAAGCUACCACUUACUGUAGCCAUCCUUCAGUGAGCAUCAUAUCAUUAUAAACAUGAUGUAUGUGUAGCUGGUUGAGACCAAGAAGAAGCUGGAGGAUGACGUGGGGAUGGUGGAGGGUCUGGAGGAGGUGAAGAGGAAGCUGCAGAAGGACAUGGAGCUGGCCACCCUGAGGCUGGAGGAGAAGGGCAUCGCCUUUGAGAAGAUGGAGAAGACCAAAACCCGCCUGCAGCAGGAGCUGGACGACCUCAUGGUGGAUCUGGACCACCAGAGAACCAUCGUCUCCAACCUGGAGAAGAAACAGAAGAAGUUUGACCAGGUUUGACUGACCACUUUAAGACAUCCAUAAUGGUAGCUAAGUUGGCUUGGUCUUAGUAGCACAGUAUGGAAUGGCAUUGUGUAGAUAGAUGGUGGAGCUGUUCCUUCUGUAAGUCAGUGUUUGUCCUGUGUUGUAGCUGCUGGCUGAGGAGAAGAACAUAUCUGCACGCUACGCUGAGGAGAGGGACAAGGCUGAGGCGGAGGCCAGGGAGAAGGAGACCAAGUCCCUGUCUCUGGCCCGGGCUCUGGAUGAGGCUCUGGAGGCCAAGGAGGAGUUUGAGAGACUCAACAAGCAGCUGAGGAGUGAGAUGGAGGACCUGAUGAGCUCCAAGGACGACGUGGGCAAGAACGUGAGUGUUGCACUGAAUACCUGUGUUUUGUUCAGCUGAGGGCAGAAAGGUUUGCAUCUGUUGUUUUAAAAUGGACUGCUCUGCAUCCUACAGAAAUAAACUUGGUUAAACCUAAACUUUAAAAGGCCAGUUCAUUCCAAAUAGCAUCACCUCAAAGUAUCUUCUCUACCCCUGUCCAGGUCCAUGAGUUGGAGAAGUCCAAGAGGACUCUGGAGCAGCAGCUGGAAGAGAUGAGGACUCAGCUGGAGGAGCUGGAGGACGAGCUGCAGGCCACGGAGGACGCCAAGCUGCGUCUGGAGGUCAACAUGCAGGCCAUGAAGGCCCAGUAUGAGAGAGACCUGCAGGGGCGAGACGACCAGAACGAUGAGAAGAAGAGGGCGCUUGUCAAACAGGUGCAUAGAGGACGCAUCACUUCCAUACAAACAAGAAUUGUGUUGUGCCCCCCCCAAAAAAAAAGUGCCAGGAAGAAUAUAUUGUCAUACCCUCAGAGAAUGUCCACCACCCCCUUCCCCUCCUCUGACCGGGUCUGUCCUGGUCUCCUCAGGUGCGUGAGAUGGAGGCAGAGCUGGAGGAUGAGAGGAAGCAGAGAGCCCUGGCCGUGGCUGCUAAGAAGAAGCUGGAGAUGGACCUGAAGGACAUGGUGGGACAAAUAGAGGGCGCCAACAGGGCCCGUGACGAGGCCAUCAAGCAGCUACGCAAACUGCAGGUGAGAAACUCACACUGUCUGUGGAACAGACAAGACAAGACAAAAAAUAAAUAAAUAUUAAAUAAAAAUAUAUUUAUUUUGGUCAAUAAUGGGAUUCGAUCUAUCUCCACUUUCUCCCUCAGGCCCAGAUGAAAGACUACCAGAGGGAGUUGGAGGACGCCCGGGCCUCUCGGGACGAGAUAUUCUCCCAAUCUAAGGAGAACGAGAAGAAGCUGAAGAGCCUGGAGGCCGAGGUUCUCCAGCUGCAUGAGGUACAGUGGGCUGUAGGAUUGCUCCUGUCAUAACUAUGUGUCUUGGUCUGCUGUUUCCUGUAUUCUAGACUGGCUCGUCUUACUGUGAGAAAUGGUGACAUGUGUUUGACCUCUGUGACCUCUGGCCUGUAGGACCUGGCGGCGUCAGAGAGGGCGCGGCGCCACGCAGAGCAGGAACGGGAUGAGCUAGCGGACGAGAUCUCCAACAGCACCUCGGGCAAGUCUGCCUUGAUGGAUGAGAAAAGGAGGCUGGAGGCUCGUAUUGCUCAGCUGGAGGAGGAACUAGAGGAGGAACAGGGCAACAUGGAGCUGCUCAAUGACCGCUUCCGCAAGACCACCAUGCAGGUAUGAGCCAGGAGGAAACCUUUUCAGGUUGCAAACUUGAUCAUUGUAAUCAUAUUACCCUUGUUCUUCUGACUUUUAGGGAACAAUCCAUUAUUCAGCACCUACCAGAAAAAGCACUCUUAUCUCUCUCUCACUUUCCCCUUCUCUCCUUCAUUCACCCCUGUUUUCCUCUCUCCACCUCUCUCUUCCCCCUCCCCUCCCCCAGGUGGACACCCUGACCCUGGAGCUUGUGUCGGAGCGCAGCGUGGCCCAGAAGAGUGAGAAUGCGCGGCAGCAGCUGGAGAGGCAGAACAAGGAACUGCGGGCCAAGCUGGGCGAGCUGGAGGGCUCCGUGAAGAGCCGGUUCAAGGCCUCCAUUACCGCCCUGGAGGCCAAGAUACUGCAGCUGGAGGAGCAGCUGGAGCAGGAGGCCAAGUGAGAAACACAGCAACUAUCUUAUACAACUCCAAACCUUAUUAGACAGGGUGAAAUAGGAGACCAAGACUCAGGAGGAGUUAAUGAGGGGUUUAGAAAAAGCUCAUCCCGUUGGAAGAGAGGUUCUUGAAUGUAAUCAAAAUGUUAAUGUGAUCAAUGUAAUGAGUCAAAAGCAAUUUGGAGCUCUUUGCAAUCUUAAGAGAUGUACUUGAAGAUCUAUGACUGACAGCCUUUGUUACAGUGAGGUUCCUGUGGUGAUAUGACCUAUAUGUCAUAUGACCUCAUUCCUCUGUCCUCCUCUCAGGGAGCGAGCAGCGGCCAAUAAGCUUGUGAGACGGACAGAGAAGAAGCUGAAGGAGGUGUGCAUGCAGGUGGAGGACGAGCGUCGCCAUGCCGACCAGUACAAGGAACAGGUGAGGAGCUUGUCACGGAUGUUUGGACGUCCCAGAUCUUAUAGCUACAAUAUGUAACUUUUUGGGAAACCUGACCAAAUUCACAUAGAAAUGUGAGUUAUAGAUUUUACAUUUACAUUUUAGUCAUUUAGCAGACGCUUUUAUCCAGAGCGACUUACAGUUAGUGAGUGCAUACAUUUUCAUACUGGCCCCCCGUGGGAAAUGAACCCACAACCCUGGCGUUGCAAGCGCCAUGCUCUACCAACUGAGCUACAGGAGACUAUAGAUCUUUAAUUAUCAUUGAAAACAAGUCUAAAAAGCGAUAGAUCUGUUCUAUGUGCGCUAUUUCUAUGCUUCCCGUUCUUAAGUUUAGUUUUUGCGUCUUUUACUUUCGGUUUUGUACAUCAGCUGAAAAUACAUAUAUUUUUGGUUAGGGAUUCGCUACACAAUGACUGCUUGUUUUGACACAUAAACAGAAAUUAGGCGAAUUCUGCAUAGUGCAUUUUUUUGAUUUACAUAGCUAAAGAAGGAAUUAUAUCCAAUUCAGUAAAACUUACAAAGGUGGAACAGGAUUGGAUAGGUGUGAAGAUUUAGGAUUGGAGUCUUUCCUACAGUAGGUUAUUUCCAGUAACCAUUGGACCACAGGACUGCUGAGUAUUGUAAGUAUUAGUAUUGACUGUUCAUCACUGUUGAUGUCUGAUGUGACUCCUGGCUGAGUCAGAUGGAGAAGGCCAACUCUCGGAUGAAGCAGCUGAAGAGGCAGCUUGAGGAGGUUGAGGAGGAGGCCACACGGGCCAACGCCUACCGCAGGAAGCUGCAGAGGGAGGUGGACGAUGCCACCGAGGCCAGCGAGGGCCUCAGCCGCGAGGUCAACACACUCAAGAGCCGCCUCAGGUAUUUAGAGCCCCACACACACACACAUACUGACACAGUACACACACACAUACACACAAACUGCCCACAGUGGGUCCUAGUUAGUAUGGAGGUCAACUCUAAGAUGAUAUUUGUGUAUAUUGGCCACAUUGAUGGCCCUUGUUACUAAUACCUCUCCACCUCUCCUGGCCUCCCCUGUCCCCUGCAGGCGUGGAGGCCCCAUCAGUUUCUCCUCCAGCCGCUCGGGCAGGCGUCAGCUGCAGGUGGAGGGAGCAUCGCUUGACCUCCUAUCCGACGAUGAGGUGGAAAACAAGCCCACCGACGCCAAUGCCAACGAGACGCCAGCAGCUCCCCAACCAGAGUAGAAGCUCUCCCUCCAGCCCACAUGCAGCAUGGCCUCCGCCCCCACAACCCUUACCCCUGUCCUCCUAACCCCAGACACCAGCAGUGGACCCCACUACUCUGCCUUACCCCUCUAUGGCAAGCUGCAGGGCCAAGCAAAUCCAUAA